AUGCGUGCAUUACGUGCCAUUCAUAGAUUUUUCUACCUGACUGUGGCCUUGUCUGAGACCAAUGCGCUGGCGUUGCGGUCGCAGGACGUCCUUGCGCCGUUGUCUCCCAACUCGCAGGUUCCACUGGAGGACUCAAUCGCACCAUCGGAGCAGCUACCCCUUCCUGCUCCGGGCGAGCCUGACGAACCCAUCGGGUCCAUUGCCCGCACCUAUGAGGAUUUGCUGGACGCCCUCAAUGUGAUGCAGGAUAGCUACUUCGAACUUUGGCAAGGCACUUGGCCAACUAGUAUCGAUUGGACUGCUGCCGUGCUAGGUACUCAGGUCUCCGCCACUCUCUCCUCGCUGUCCUCCACUGCGGGAGAUGUGCUGCCGGAUUCUCUUUCACCGGAUGCUGGAAGGGAUCUCAAACAGCCGGCACUCAUCAAAGAGUAUGCGUCGGGAUUCGAGAAUCUCAUCAACCAUUAUUUUGACCAAACAUCGGCAUUCUACUAUGGUGAAGAUUCCUUUGCUGUAAGAAACCAGGCGUUUGAUGAUAUGCUGUGGGUUGUGCUGGGCUGGUUGGAGAACAUUAAGUUCCAAGUGUUGCACACCGACCUGCAUUACGAUGAUCCGUCCUCGCCCAACGGCACAGCGAAGCUGCGCUGGCAUGGAACCCAGUUUCAAUCCCCGGCGGCUCAUCGAGCACGUGUGUUCUACGGGCUUGCAUCCGGGGGCUGGGACGUGUCUCUCUGUGGUGGCGGGAUGAUCUGGAGCCCUUACCUGACGCCUUACAAGAAUGCCAUCACCAAUGAGCUGUACAUCUCAGCUAGCGUCGGGAUGUAUCUUUACUUCCCCGGAGACGGCAUCAAUUCCCCCUUCAUGGAAACCGCCGUGGACGAUGAGAACUGGUCCGACGGAUAUCCCCACGAUCCUGCUCAUUUGCAGGCCGCCAUUGAGGGGUAUUCGUGGCUGAAUGCGUCGAACAUGACUGGUGCCGAUGGUCUCUAUGCAGACGGCUUCCACAUCAACGGGUGGAAGAGUGCUGAUGAUCCUGGCACGGGCAAGUGCGAUGUUUUAAACACCAUGGUAUAUACAUACAACCAGGGAGUGAUCCUUAGCGGGCUAAGGGGACUUUGGUUAGCUACUGCUGUGCAGCAGUAUCUCUCUGACGGGCACCGCUUGGUCAACAAUGUGAUGCUGGCUACGGGAUGGCCUGGCAAGAAUAGUCAGCAGUGGGCAGGGCUUGGCCGUGGAGGUGUCUUGGAAGAUGCAUGCGACUCUUCCGGGGACUGCUCCCAGAAUGGGCAGACCUUCAAAGGGAUAUUCUUCCACCACCUCGCCGAGUUCUGCCGAGAUAUCCGGCCGCAGGAACUGCGUUUCCUGGCCAGCGCGAACCGGACAGCUGACGGAGAAGACGGCUGGGAGUAUGUAUACGAGUGGCACCAAGCACGAUGCCGAGCAUACCGCCCCUGGAUUGAGCACAACGCCAAUGCGGCUCUCUUAACCAAGAAUGACGAUGGCAAGAUCGGAACGUGGUGGGGAAACAACACCGCCACCGCCGUGAGCCCUCUGCCGCAGGGGGCUAUCGACUAUCAAAACUAUGGGGCGCAAGCUGAGGGCUCGGAGCCGUUGAUGGGACUUCUCCGCAGCCGUGGCUCUAAGAAUCCAAGCGAUGAGGCGAUGGGACCUGGGUCCCAGAGAAAGCCGCAGCGCGGGGGAGCUGCAUCCAAGUGGUCGGGCUUCACUGGAUCGGACGAUGAGGCGAAAGACCCCAACGAUCGCGGCCGCGGGCGCACUGUCGAGACACAGUCAGGAGGUGUAGCGGUGCUGCGGGCAUUGUACCAGUGGAAGACGACGGCGUCUCUUGCAUGA